AUGUUUAGAUUAUUUGGUUUGAAUAGAUAUAUCCAUACAAUCAAGAUGUCAUCAUUAAACAAAUAUGCUCCUCCUGUCAAUCGUCAUAUGACGAAAUUGGAUAAAUCAUUUUUCAUUACCAAAGUUCCUCUAUGUGUAAUUGAAUUUCCAGAUCCUAAAAAUAUCAGUGUAUUUUCUAAAAAAUUUAAGGAUUAUAUUUUAAGAAUCCCAAGAAUUCCUCAUGUGAUUAAAUUAUCGGAAUCUGUUAAAAAUGGUGAUAAAACUUUAGCAUGUGAUAAUGGUAUAGUAAAGAAAGGUGUUCUUCUAACCGAUACUAUUUCUAAUUUAGAUGAUGCUGAAAAAAAAUUAUCAGAUGAUGCUAAAGCAUUUUUAAAUGAGCAAAAUGCUACUAUCAAACCAUAUGAAUAUACUUUAGAUUAUGAUUAUUGGCAAGCUGAAGAUAUCUUAAAGUCUGUCUUACCAGAAGAAUAUCUUGAUGAGAUUCCAACAGGUUUUACAAUUACGGGACAUAUUGCCCAUUUAAAUUUAAGAAAAGAAUUUAAACCAUUUGAUUCUUUAAUUGGUCAAGUAAUUCUCGAUAAAAAUACAAAGAUUACAUGUGUUGUUGAUAAAGUUAGUUCGAUUGCAACAAAAUUUAGAACAUUUCCAAUGAAAAUUAUUGCAGGUAAUGAUAAUUUAAUAGUAGAACAAAAAGAAUCAAAUUGUAUAUUUAAAUUUGAUUUUAGUAAAGUUUAUUGGAAUUCAAGAUUACAUACAGAACAUGAUAGAUUAGUGACACAAUAUUUUAAACCAGACGAAGUUGUUUGUGAUGUUUUUGCAGGUGUUGGACCAUUUGCUGUUCCUGCAGGUAAAAAGGGUUCGAUUGUAUUAGCCAAUGAUUUAAAUCCUGAAAGUUUUAAAUAUUUACAAGAAAAUAUUUUAUUAAAUAAAGUUGAUACUACGGUUAAGCCAUUUAAUUUAGAUGGAGCAGAAUUUAUUAGACAAUCACCAAUUUUAUUAAAACAAUUAAUUUCUAAUAGUGAUAAUGGUAUUCUUAAAUUACGUUUAAAGAAUAAUAGAAAGAAGCAUAAGAAAAAUGAUCAUAGUGAAUCAUUACAACAACAACAACCUGAAUUUAAAGAAAUUAUAAUACCAAAUGAAAUUAGUCAUUUUGUAAUGAAUUUACCAGAUAGUGCAAUUGAUUUCCUUGGUAAUUUUGUUGGUAUCUAUUCAAAUGAACAAGACAGCGAGAAAAAGAUAAUGCCAUGGAUUCAUGUACAUUGUUUUGAAAAAUAUGGUAAUGAUGAAGAUUUAACUAUGGAAGAAUUAUAUAGUAGAGUUCAUUUAAGAAUAUUAAAAUCCAUGAAUACUACUUCUGCGAUUUUACCAAUUGAAACUAUGUCAUUUCAUUUAGUUCGUAAAGUAUCACCAACUAAACCAAUGUUUUGUGUAAGUUACAAAUUACCCGCUGAGCUUGCAUACAAGAAAUAA